AAAAUAUAAACAACUCUUCAAGCCAAUAAAAUGGAGGCGAUAUCAUAAUUGAUCAUUUAAUUAAAAUUCUAAAUUCAUAAAAUUGCAGCUAACAUUAUAAAGACAUAUCAGUGAGAAGUAACACUGUGGACAUGAAUGCCUCACAGAUGGAACAGGAGGUCCUUCGGGAGAUUCCUGGGUAUAAGGCCAUUCUGAAGUCAGUCCUCAAGUCUCAGAUACAAUUCCUGAUGGAACAGAUGUCUGACCAGACAGGAGAGGAGUCCGUGGUGUUGACUGCCAGUAUCCACGAUGGUUCCAUGUGUGCCCUGGGCUCGACCACGGGGCGGGGAUUCAUGGACGGGAAAGACGAGAUAAAGGCCCAGUUUCUGGGAUACUGCAUCAAGAGUAGGAGUGAUAAUGAUAGUCAGCAUCAUAAGGCCUCAUCAGAUGUUGAUCUUACAUAUCAGCGCAGCCGGAACCUCCUGCCUCCCUCGCGGAGACCCAAACCCCGCCUCCGUCCAGGCCCUUAUUCCAUCCCCUCCCCCGGAACCAGCACCCCUGUGGGCUCCCCGAAUCCAUUCCAGCUGUCCUCACCUCCGAAUCACGGCAGUAACCAAAGUAACACAGCUGGCACUGGAAGUAUUAAGCCAGAUCCAGAGUCAGGAGACAUGCUCGUCGAUUCGGUUUCCGGUGACAACAAUAAUGACCAAUCGGGUGACGAUAAGUCAGAGAGUGGAGGGGUAUCGACCAAUCAGGAUGAAGAAUCUGGUAACCAAGGCAACCAGAAAUCACAGAAGGUCAAGGAAGGGGAAGACGGGGGUGACGCUGGGGAGUGGGAUAGUAACUAUGAUUCCGCACAGGGGGAUGACUCGAAUACUGAGCAAGAUCCAAAUGGUUUGGAGUCAGCUACUUCGCAGGCAUCAAACUUGGGAGGAAUUGCAUUUCCGGGACUCAAUAAUGCACACUACGACUUCACGAAAACCCUUCCCGAUAUUUCCUCGGCGGAACUAAAGAACGUUCUUUACCAAGGAUUAACGCAGGAUACCUCAGCUGCCAGUAACGGCGUGUCUCUCUCUCCUGGAGCGAAUCUUGGGCCGUACGAUCUGGUACCUCGAAAACGGGGCCGUCCACGUAAGGAUUCAUACCUCUAUAUGAACGAGGCUAGUCAAAACACCUCAGUUGCUAUGGAAUCACCCUCCACGACCUUGACCUACACCAAUGCAACAGACCAAGCAGCAUCUGGGUCUGAAGCGGAAGUUCAAGGUCAAGGUCAAAUUCCAGUUCAGCAGUUUAGAAGAGGCCGUCCAAGGAAAGAGUACGAAAAUCUCCCGCCAGGAGUAAUUCAUCCCACGGGUAUAAGUAUUGGCAACGGGUAUGUGAAGUGCAACAUAUGCGGUAAGAUUCUUAAGGGAACGUCCAUGUUCACACACAAGCAGGCACAUCUGGGAAUUCGUAACUACAGCUGCAACUACUGUGGUAAAUCCUUCACACAGAAGGGUCCGCUGAUCACGCACGAGCGGGUACACACAGGAGAAAAGCCGUAUUCUUGUAAUAUGUGCGGGAAAAGCUUCUCGGCACAUAGCGGUCUUUACCAGCACAGGCGACGUUGUUCACGGCAGUCUCAGUUUUCCCAAUUUAAUAUAACUAUGUAAUUGAAUCGAGGCUUUGGAAUAUGGUGGUUUCCCGGAAUUUAAAACUUUUGGUGAUUGUUUGUGGUUUGUGUUUUUUAGAUAGAAUUGGACAAAAAUAAGAUGUUUAGACCUCUGUGGACAUAAGGUUUGGAUUGUCUUAACUUUGAGGAUAAUCUGUGUUUACAUUUAUUAGGGGGAAAAUUUGCGUUGAAAUUUUUCUUGUCAAUUCUUCAAAUGCUAAAAGUCUAUAAAGGAAAUACCGUGUCUAACUUUGAACUAGGAAUACCAUUUUACUCUGAAAUAAUUGUUUCCUCAAGUGUCGAAGUGUGUGGACAGUUCUUUUGGACUGAAACCACUUUGUACAUUUUAGCUAAAGGCAUAUAGGCAAAUUGUGAAACUGUGUAGCUACCAUGCUUAUCAUAAAUGUAUGGUCUGAUGUCUUCAAGUUCAAGUCUGAGGUUUACAUUGAAGUAUUGUAAACUGAAGUUUGGCUUGAAACAAACUGUGAGUGAUUUAUCUUUGGUGUAGAAAUUUUCGCUAGAAGAAAUCUCCCCAAGACAAAUAGGUUGUACUUUUUUCUGGUCUCAAAUCUUGGAAUCAAAGCUGCACUUUUACAGAUUGACCGUUUUAACAUCUUAUUUUAUUUUUUGUCUUUGAAAGAGCAAGUUUUUGUGUAAAUGUCUGAAAACCAGUGAUAAAAGGCUGCUGGCAAAAAUUAGGUCACAGUCUUCGUAUGAAAGUUCGAAAAUAGAUAUUUACUGCUAAAAGCGUUUCUAACACUUAAGUAAAAUGAGUUUUUCAGCAGUUUUUCAAACAUUUGAAAGAUGUUCUAUGGUUAGUUAUUCUAAAUGAAUGGAUUGAAAGCUUUGAUGCCAAAACCAGCUGAUUCUGAGACAAAAUGAAAAGAAAAGGCAAAACUGUCAAUCUGUGAGAGUGCAGCUUUAAAAUUUCUCUAUUACUAUAUCUGAUAUGUUCAUUGACAUGUACAUGUAUCUCGUGUGUUUUUAUACAUGUACAUAAAUAUACAUGUAUGCAAUUAAUAUGAAUGUAUUACAAUAAUGUGUUUAACAUAGUCCAUGGCAUUAUACAUCGUCAUAAAUCACAAAAAUGAACAACUUCUAUUUUACACCCAUCCCACCAUUGUAUUUAUUUUUUCCGUCAUUUUACCCACAAUUGUUAUUUUUUUAUCAUAAUAAUUGAUAUGGUACUUCGAACUGGUCGUAUUUUUAGACCUGAAUAAUCUUGUGGCAGCAAUAACAUGAGAGACAUGUCCACUGCUAAUAUACUGGUAAACUAUUUUUAUAUAUGCCAUCUAUCACUUGAUGUUUCUUGUUUUGAGUGUUAUACAACCAUUAUGUAUUUUGUUAUAUUAUUCUAGUGUAAUGUAACCUGACAAUGAAGUCAUUACGCUUUACUAAUAAUAUACAUUGUGAUUUUUUUUUAAAUGGAUAUGAUUGACAUUUUUUUUGCAAAAAAUGAGUCGUGUGAUAAAAGCUAUUUCUCAUUCGUUGCAAUUUAAAAUAUACUUUAAUGGUUCGCUUUUAAUUUUUUUUUCGAAACUCGUUAUCAAAUUACUUUGUAUUAAAUGGCAAGGAAUGUGAGAUGCUAUAAAGUCCUUAUCUAUUUCUUUAUUGAUUAAUGCUGUUAAUUCCUUUAAAGAAUGGUAUUUUUUAUACUUAAUAGUGUGGAUGCAUGGUCCAAUUUCUAUGCACAUUAUAAUAAGGUUUUUGAACAUAUUCGAUUUUGUCUGAUACCUGUAUUUUUUGAAGGUGUUUUGUAAUAUUUAUAUUUAGGCAUGUGAAAAAUGGGGCCAUCUUAUCAAUGAUCAUUAGACUGUUCUUAAUUCUUGUGACAACAGGGAUAUUUGCCUUUACGCGAAGUUAAUGAGGUUUUGCAAAUAAAACGUUUAAUUAUGUAGUGACACUCACUUACAAAUUUAACAAGAUCUCGUUGUACAGUAGUUGAUUAGAUGACCCCAGAUUGUUUGAUAUUGUGUCUCUAUAUUAUCUCAAGACUUAAAGCUGGUCAAGUUCAUCUGCUUUUAUAAACAUAUUUAAACACACAUAUGUGAUACUCUUCUCCUGUAAUUGUACAUUGAUAACAAGAUUAGUAUUACAGUUGAGAGAAAAUGGGAAAAAAUAUUGUGACGAAAAGGAAAUACAUUAUAAAAAGUUAAAAUGUUCAUAUUUCCAGUUUUAUUUAUUGAAAGGUAAUGCUACAUAAAUGAUAUGCAUUAGUAACAAAUAUAUAUAUAUUAGACCUUUGUUUAAACAAAGCCUCAGCGGCGGAAAUUUCCCACAUGCAUUUUGUGGCCACCUGUCUUAAGCAGCCACUUUGACCUUUUCCAAAAGGUGGCCACUUAAUACAGGUUUGACAGUAUAUCUAAAAAUGGACUUUUUUUUUAAGCCAGAAGCUGAAUAUCUAGAUUUUUUGUAUUGUUGUAUGGAUAGAUUUUGAAUUGACUUUAGUAUUUUUGUGAUGCUUUUAAAAAAUUCUGACACAUAGGUAUCUUUUGUGAUGCUCUUUAAAAUGAACUUGACUGGCCUUAAGUGAAAUCUAUAAGUGACAUGUGCAUGCUUUCUGUAAAAGCAAAUAAUUGACUUUUGAAACUUGUGCAAACUUUUAUAGUUUAUAAAAGAAUUAAUGUAACUCCAUAUCUGUCCCAACAUUUUUUGGAUUUGUAUGAUAUUAAGCCAUUUUCUAUUGCCUUACAGGGUCUGGUGUCCAAAGUAAUGACUAUUUUACUGUUAUGAGAAUGUUGUUUUUUUAUUCCGGUAUAUUGGGAAACCUCAUUGCGGUAUAUUGAGAAACCUCAUUGCGUUGAAUAGUUGUAAUUUAUGUUGACAUAAGUAGUACUGUGACCUUGGUUUGCCAGGCCAGCUACGAUUUUCAAAUUAAAUGAUAUGUAUACUAGAUGUAUUUUGUGGCCCAAGUGAAGUUUUUGGUCAUUAUAUGUUAUAAUAUACUUUUGGUAAUGAAAACCUAACUUGUAUGACUGAAAGGUUGUCUCCAUUUUGAUGAGUUACAAAAAAAGUAUAUGAAAACUUGUAACCCUGUUAUUAGAAAAAAAGUUGCUGAUAAGUCAUGACAUGGUUUACAAGACCUCGUAACUUACAACAGCUUCAAGACAACGAGAAAAAUGUAUACUACAAUCUUAAGAGAGAAGUCAGACUUACAAUGAUUUGGAGACACUGACCAUCUGACCAUUAGAGGGCCAUUUCAUUAAGAAUCCAUCAAACAAUUUUUGUAAUAGGAUGGAUUUAAAAUGGUGCUGUACUACAGUUGAAAAAUCUAUCCUAGGAACAAAAUGGCUCCUGGGAUUUUUGAUGAAAAGGGUUCAAGGAGAACAACUUGUUUAUUGUUAUCCAAUUAUUUUAAGGAAUGUUUUAUGUUAAGACAUCAAUAGUGAGUACCUGCAUGUGAACAAUUUUAGACGUUGAUCUUGUUAGAAUAUACAUGUAUGAUUUGUAUUAGAAUAGUUACAAUAAUUGUGCUUUUUACUUUCGUGAUAAAAUUAAAUUUUUUCAUAUGCAUGACCUGCUAAAUUUUUAAUGGAAUUUUGAAAAAUUAUAAUCUUAAUUGCUUUGAGUUCAUCAAAAUGGUUUCAAUCUGGAUUCAAAAAAAUAAUUAAAAUGAAUAUAAUGUAAAAAACAACAACAUGCAAUAUUUGACAAUAUGUAUUUGUGUAAUUUUAAAAGGUGAUUAUGGUUCACAAAGUCACUUCUACCCAAGACAUCCUGGGUCACCAAGCUGGACAAGUGGGUUUUCUCCAGGUGCUCCGGUUUCUCCCAUAACACAACAUGUUGCCAAAGAGAGUGAUUUAGGAUAAGUUAUCAUAAUGUUCUUCUCAAUCUUAAAUAUAUAUAUAACCUACAUUGUAGAUGUAAAGAAUAUUUCUCUCAGAAAUGGUGCAUAAGCGAUGACCCGGUACAUGUUUUUACUUCAGUAAUACUGAACUUGUUUUAAGGUCUUAAUCAAAUUGUUGUUUUGUUUCAGUCAUGUUUACAAUAAUUGAUCUGAAUAAUUAUAUACAUUUAUAACAGAUUUUUGAAACUGAAUUUUAUGAACAAUGUAUACUAUUAGACUUGUGUAAAUAAUUUCUGUGUUAUACGAUUUCAUGUCACAUGUUGUUGUUAUAAAUAACUUACAUUUUUUCUGACCACCGUUUUUGCCAUGUUGUAUAUAUACAUAUAUAUUGUAUAUGUAGUUUAGUACUAUACAAUGUUUGGAUUUCACCUAUUUGUGUGUAAUUAUCUCUUCGGGUUUUUUUGUUUAUCGAAAAAUGUUUAGGUAUUAUGAUAGCAUUAAGGUAAUCAUCAUCAGCGUUGGUGGCAUUAUGCAAAAAGUUCUCAAACUUGGCCAUAUUUUGUAUGCUUUUCAAGAUAUUUAAAUGAAUCUUGGUUGUUGCAAAAGACUAUUAACAGAUAUUUAAAACAACAAACAAGCGUUUUCUCCACAAAAACAACAAAGAAGAGUUUUCUCCACGUUAGUUGUAUACUAUACAUGUACUUAAUUCUAUAGAAUUAAAGGACAUUCUUACUACUUUGCCUUGAAGAAUUCAGUCAUGAUUAGUGUCUCUUAAAGGAUCUAGACACCAAUUGCUACCAAUGCAAGAAAAAAAGAAAUUUGUCAAAAACUUGACAAUAAAUAAAAUUGAUAUUGUUGUGUACAAGGCAUUAUCUUAAAUCUUACUUACUGAUGUAUCAUAGCGCUUACGACACAUGUAUCUUCUCAGUUUUUGAUUAUUUUUCAGUUCUAAAUUGACUGGGUUUGUUUACCAUAUAAAUCCCAGGAAGUUUAAAAAUAGCAUCGGCAUAUGGAGCUGAACUUAUCAUGUGACUUUCACAUGCUAAAUAUACACUGUGUGACACUAUAAACUUGGGAAACCAUUAUGGGCUAUUUUUAAAUGGGUAAACUCCGCUAAGACAGCGACAACAUAUUCUUAUAAUCAUGUAAAUAAUGUAUCAUGGGCCUCAUACUAGCCCCCCUUGAUAAUUCUUGGCUUGCUUUGAGGAAAUACUGUAUUUGCUGAUUUUUGGACCAUCUGGUGUCUAGUCCCUUUAACAAAACCAUAUCAUAAUCAUCAUUAUUGUCUGUUUCACAACCAUUUAUUUAUAAAAUAUUCUUACUUAUCUUAAUAAUGUUUUAUGUCCGAAUACAUAUAUUUGAUAAAAAAAAAAUAAACCGAGGUAUUUUUAUUACCUUUUACAUGUUAAUAUGGGUACUCAUUUCCAAAGACACUUCAUUCAUAUAGAGUGCAAUAUAAAUUCACAAAGGUUCAGGAAUAUAUCAUAUACUUUUACUCAUGCUUAAGCAAAUUAAAAUAUUUCUCCUCCCACAGACGACCGGAAAAAAAUCGGACUUAUUUUGUUGUUAAAAGUAUGUUUAUAUUUUAUUUUUGUUGGUACAAUCCAGCUUCCAAUAACCAAUCUUUGUUAAAUUAGCAUUCAUGUUUAUUUUCUUGCUCGCGAGAAACUUUUAUAAUUUUUAUAGAAAAAUAUUUGUGUUUGACCAUACACAUCUUUAAUAAGUGAAAAGGUAUAGCAUGUCAUGUUUCUGCAUUUUUGGGCUCAAAAUCAAAUCAGAAAAAAACAGUUAAUAGGUGUAAAAAACACAGGGCAGAAAUUGUGGAAAAAAAAUCAAGUAAAAUCUUAUUUCAUUGUUAAAGUUUUAAUUUCAUUUCACCCUGAAAUCAGCCUAAAUGUUUUUGAAAAAAGAUAAAUACUUCUAGUUCUAUAACAUGCAGGCAAUUAUGUUUCUACAGGCAAUUAUGUUUCUACGAAAAAUAAAAUCAUUUCAAGACAGUGCAGUAUUUCAAUUUACACAUAUGAUAGGAAUAAAUCAUGUUAUCGAAAACUCGUUCUUCUAGACCUAAAACAGAUGAUUUUCUGUGAAAUUUUCAUUGGUUACUUCAUUUAAUCAAAUUUUCCUAAAGUAGAAUCUUUACUUAAGAAAGCGAUAUUAUAAAUUUUGUAUUUAUUACUGUGUUAGAGCUGUAGAAAUAGGUUAAUGCUUUUCUGUCAGAUAAAAAAUGCCAACAAUUUUCUUGAAUUUAUAGGCCAGUAUGAAAAGAAUGUCAUUUUGCUGGAAAUAAGUUUCUGAAAACUUUCGUAUUUUUUUUAUCGCUUUUUGUAGUCCUUUCAUUUUAAGCAUCAAAUUAUAAAAUCAAAAUAUUGUUUUGUGAUUUGUCCAAGCAAUAUAGUCAUGUUAAAGUCAGUAUUGUCAUUAUGUGUGUAUUAGUAUUCCCAUAGUAGAUUUGUAUAGUAUUUUUCCUUUAUUUUAGCUAUCUGAUUUGAUAUAAUGAACGCGAAGAUAGCUUUAAGAAUUCUGUACAUAGAUUUGAACACAUUAAUCCACCCUUAUACCAUUGAAAUGCGUAAAAAAAAUUCAUUUUGCCUAAUUUUAACCUACCACUAGUGAAUCCAUUCGGCAAAACGACCCCCCCCCCCCUACCCCACCCCACCCCUCUGACUUCCUUUAAAGUUGUCUCAUGUCAAACGUUAAUGUCUAUUUUGCAGGGGGCGUUCCUAAAAUGCCCGCUAUAUUUGGAGCCUAUAUUUUUGGUUGAUCGGGUUUGGGGUAGCACGCAUAAUGGGUCGUUCACCCUGAGCUUACACCUGUCUAAUGUAAAAUUCUAAAACCACUAAAUCUUAUAACAAAAAAUAACUUGGAUGACUUAAUAAUAUGUUGUUUUAGAUAUAUUACAAGAAUUUGAUAAGACUUGAAUUUAACAACCCAUUGUCAUCUCUGCUGUAUGAUCAAUACUUGCAAAUUUCAAUUACAAUGUCAUUUAACAAAUACCAAAAGUGACUAAUAAUCUUCAAAAAAUAUUUUAUUGAAUUAAGUUGUUUUUGUUUGUUUUUUUUCCAUAAAUUGUAUGAUUUGUUUAUUUCAUAAGAAAGUUAUAAGGAAUAAUUUCACAUGUGAGUGAUUUCUUAACCUUCCUGCCAUCCAAUGUUUGUUCAUUUCAUAGGACUUUCUCAUCAAAUUUUGAAAACAACAAACAUUCCAUUUUCUUAAUAGUUGUUAUGAAUAUUUUUUUUAAUUUAAAAGCUUGUCUGAUUUUCAAAGUGUAAAAGCCUUGGCAUUGUUGUUGAAGGCAUUGUUGCUUAUAAAAAUUGUACACUUUGCCAUAACUCAUGAACGACCAAGCUAUUAAAAUGAAACUUGGUAAACAUGUUCCUCAGAACUUUAUUGAUUUUCUAGAAACCAUUUUUUUUCUUUUUGUCAUUAUAAUCUUUUCAAGAUUGUUUUUUUUGUGAUUUAUUAACAUUUUGUUAAGCUGCUGUUAUGCAAGAGUAGAUUUUUUUUCUUUUGAAAAACUGUCGUUGUUAUUUAGUUUACAAUAUCUGAACAAUUUGUAACAUUAAGUGAUGAUUUUUGUUGUGAUAUUUAGUUGCCAUAUUAUCAAUAUUUUGCAAUGAAAUAACAUUGAUCUUGUGCAUGUAAAUAGUAGUUGAGUAGAUAUUUCAGAAAAAAAAAUGUGAAUAAUAAACAUUUUCUUAUA